AUGUCUUUUGUCUCAGUGCCGUGCAAAAAAGGUUUGGAAGUGAACCUUGUGAAGCCAAUCGAACACUACAUAAAGGGGAAUCUUGGUUCGGGCCAAGCUGUCGCAUGUAAAAAAGAUUUGGACCAUCUGCAAAAGUUACGAAACGAAAUUCUUGUAAAACUUGAUGACGCUCACGAAAGUACAGUGAAGUUGAUUGAGGCCUACUGUGAUCUACUCGAAAAUCUUGAGCAACGAGUUCCCCUUACUAAUCAGGAUAUACCAAUUCCUUAUAAGUGGUAUGACUGUUUUAGUGGAUCUUCGAAGGUGUUCAGGAGCUCAAUGAAGGGAUUUAGUGCAGGGUUUGAUCGGUGCUGUAUGCUCUUUAACUGCGCUGCAGGUCACAGCCAGAUUGCCAAGCAUCAAAACGUGAAUGAUGAUUCUGGUCUUAAGGUAGCCGCGAAGUCGUUUCAGAUAUCCGCGGGUAUGUUUGACUACGUAAAAGUUCUACUACCUACAUUCUACACCCAGUCACCUACGUGGGAUAUGUCUUCAGAAGCGCUAACGGGGUACUCAGCAGUUAUGCUUGCUCAGGCCCAGGAGUGCAUUUUUAUAAAGGCCGAACGCGACGGGAUGAAGCCGCCCGUUGUGGCCAAACUGGCCAAUCAGGCGGCUUUGCUUUAUAACGAAGCGGUGACAGCUGUCUCAUUGAAUUCGUUACGUCCUUAUUUACCCAAAGAUUGGCCAAAUUUUCUAUCGACAAAGGCUGCAAUGAUGGAAACGUACGCUGAGUUCCAUGCUGCUGUUGCCGCCGAGACGGAGCAGUUAUAUGGUGAACAAAUUUCGCGUCUUAAUAAAGCGUUGGGGCUCCUUAAAAAGGUGCCCCGCUGUGAGGCAGUAAAGGAACUUCAGUCCAAAUUGGAGAAGGCGCGUGAUCGCGCCAAAAAGGAUAAUGAUCUUAUAUAUCACGAGGUCAUACCGGACCCCAAAACUUUACCCUCAAUUGGAGUCGCUGCAGUUGCCAAGAAGCUUCCUGUUGCAUUUCCCUUGGCUGGCGACUCACAAAAGCAUCGCUUCAAGGCUCUUGUACCGAUUGCGGUUCACAACGCUCUCCAGGUGGCUGAAGGUGUGCGACAGCAGAUUAUCGCUACCGAGUUGGGACGUCUGAGGGAAGCCACGGACAUCUGUAAUGGAGUAAUGUCUUCUCUGAACCUCCCCGCCGCUGUACAGGACAAAGAAGAUUCGGACGAUGUUGUUCCAACUUCGCUGCGUGAGAAAUCUGCCUCUAUUAGGCAGCAAGGUGGAGUCCAGAUGUUACGGGAGAAAAUUUCUUCUCUGUCUGACGGCAAUACGAGAAACGUUGAAAUAGUAGAUAAUAUCGCCUCGACAAUUGAUGAAGAAGAGAAAACAGACAACGACCUUCGUGCGCGAUAUGCUGAAAAGUGGGAUCGUCAAUCGUCGUCAAAGUUAAACGCCGGCUGGCGCGCUGAGAUUAGCAAACAUCGUCAGCUGCUGCAACAGGCCAGUCAAACCGACAGCGGGCUAAAAACUCGCUUUAAUUCCCAAGAGUCCUCUUUCGAGCGUCUAAGCGCCUCCGAAUCGGACUUACGGGAAUAUAUUAGUUCUGCUAUGGAGGGACAAAAUGCACCAACAGCCACUAGCGGAGGAAAUCCCAAAAAUCGAAGCGCUCUGCUUACACUGUGCACCAAAGUUGAUUCGAUGAAGAAGGAGAGAGCGGACCUUCAAAAACAACUGGAACAAGCUAAGCUCCCAGAAAGUCUUACGAAUGAAUUUUUGAAGAUCUACCAGAAUGGUGGUCAGAUUGAGGCACAGUCACUUGCAUCUGAACACAUCAAUGCUGAAAUGGAUGCCACUCGUGACUGUGUUCGAGAAAGUCUCAAUAAGCAGGAAUUACUUCUCAAGGAUAUUCAGGAAACCUACGAGUCCAUAUUCGGCAAGAAGAAAUCCGAUGCGAGUGUACUGACCACUUUGUUAAUGGCCGCUGAAGCUUUCGAUCAGCUUGUUCAUGAUGUCGAUCAGGGCAUUACAUUCUAUGCCGAUCUAACUGGUAUCCUCGUCAAGUUCCAGAAUAAGGUGAGCUAG